AUGGCUUUCUCGAAUACACUCAGUGGCCGCCUGGAGGAGCUUCGGUAUCCGAACCUAAGAUCGCCAGAUACGGACGGUCCCUUCAGCCCAAAUGGCUCUUCCACACGAGAGCAGAGUCCCUACUUCUCCAACAUGCAUACUCCGUCGAACGAUGCGCGAGCAAGCCUGCAGCGACGAUUUACGACCGAUUCGAGCAAGAUGCCCAUGGCGAGACCGUACGGGCAGCCAUAUACAUCAGUAACUCCGACUGCGGUCAAGAACAAGCAGAUGUACGACGACAUUCAGUCGGCCAAGCGAAAGGCAGAGGAGCAAUUGCGCCUGCUGGAGUUGCAGGAACGAAGCUUGCAGAUGGGCGUGAACACCCAAGAUCUUGAGCGGAUCUCCACGAGGAUGAAUCGCAUCAGCCUGAAUGGCCCUGUGAGCGAGCCCACAACUCCUCCAGAGUAUGCGGAAAGUGGCUUCAGCAAUCGUUUCUCUCGAUCCAGCAGACUCUCCAUGAACAGCAUCAUUUCUCCACCAGGCUUGAGCAACCGUAUGUCUCAAUCAAGCUCGCAGAUUACCUCUCCACCAGGCAAUCGGCUCUCAGGCAACGGGCUUCUGAGUCAGUCUCAACAGAAGCCGUCAGCAAAGUCUGUCCCUGGCUCUCGUCGUGGCUCGGAUGAGGAUGAGUACUAUCCAGAAGACCUGCCAACAACAAGAUCAGCUGCUACACUCAACCGCUUUUCUAUGCCAGUAAAUAGCAACCGUCACGCUCAUCCUCGCCUCAGUGCACCAGGGACUUCUACUGGCAACUCCUUUGGUCUUGCAAACACCACCAGCUUCCUCUUUGACGAGGACGACGACAAGCACCUAUCACUUCAAGCUAUCGACUUGAAAUCACCUGUAGCAAAGGCGUUCGCUCAGCUUGAGGGUGACGACACCUUCCCCACGUUGACCAGUGACGGUCUCAAGCUAUCUGCCAACUCUGCUGCUCUAGACCUUGCAAAGUCGUCAGAACCUGAUCUUGACUGGACUCUUGGUUCUCGCUACAGACCGGCUCACCAGAGCAUGCCACACACUGAUUCUUCCAUGUACCGACCUGUUCUCAGCAACCUCAACAUCAGCAGCCCUCCAGCGGAUCGCCCAGCGGAUCUAUCACGUCGCAAGUCUCAGCGUCACUCUAUGGGCGUGACCUUCGAAGAGUCUUCCAUUCUUCCACCGUCCACUCUAUCUGUGACUCGACCUGCUUCACUUCAAACCUCCUACUCAACCAACGACGUGCCCACCGUCAAGAAGUCUUUGACCUUGGAUAUUGCUUUGACUCCAAACAAGACUCACGCUGAGCAACAAUUCCAUAACCACAACGUCAGUUUGGGACGCAUUCCCGCGAACGCAGUCAACAAUCGUCAGAGUCGAGAAGUUGCCAACGGAUCUGUGAAGAUCGACGACAAAUCCGGAUCUUCAGCAACACCGAUCUCUAGCCUGCACGCUAGCGCCGCGCCUUUCAGCACGUCCUUCAUGUCAACCACUGAUACAGCCAUGGCCACCAUGACGAGCCCUACCACCUCGUAUCCUGCUCCUCAACCUUACGCUUACAACAUGCAGACCUACAAUGUCAGUCAGAUGAACCCGGCGGCCUCUGUUGGAGGACCUGUUCAAGCAUAUGGUCAGAACCAAGGCAUGUAUGGCAUGAACAACGGUUACAAUACCCAGCUCCAACGCUCUGGCACUGGUCGUCGCAACCACAGCGAUGAAACCCGCUUCAACAAUGUUCCACUCGAGUCCUACCGCGGAAGUCUCUAUGAGCUCUGCAAGGAUCAACAUGGUUGUCGUUAUCUUCAGCGCAAGCUUGAGGAUGGUAACGAAGAACACAUUCAGGCCAUCUUCGUGGAGACUUGUCCUCACAUCAUCGAAUUGAUGACUGAUCCAUUCGGCAACUAUCUCUGCCAGAAGCUCUUCGAACACUGCAACGAUGAACAGCGCACUACCCUCAUCAACGCAGCUGCGCCUGCUCUGACUACGAUUGCGCUCAACCAACAUGGUACUCGCGCACUUCAGAAGAUGAUCGAGUUCGUCCAUACUCCAGAACAGGUCGACACUAUUAUCAAAGCAUUGUCUCCACGUGUCGUCGAUCUCGUCCAAGAUCUCAACGGCAAUCAUGUCGUUCAGAAGUGUCUCACUCGCCUCGGAGCCGAGCGUUCUCAGUUCAUCUACGACGCUGUGGGCAAGUUCUGCGUGGUCGUUGGUACUCAUCGACAUGGCUGUUGUGUUCUUCAGCGCUGCAUUGACCAUGCACAAGGCUUCCAGCGUGCGCAACUCAUUGCCAGAAUCACUCACUGUGCUUUCGAUCUGGUCCAAGAUCCUUUCGGCAACUACGUCGUUCAGUACAUCCUCGAUCUGGAUGAACCUGCUUUCACCAGACCUCUUUGCGAAACCUUUGGUGGCCGCAUCUCCGCAUUGUCCAAGCAGAAGUUCAGCUCCAAUGUCAUCGAGAAGUGCUUGCGUACUUCCGACAUGGAGACCAAGAAGAUCAUGAUUGAAGAGAUCAUGUCAGGCCAUGAGUUGGAGAAGAUGCUUCGCGACGCCUUUGCCAACUAUGUGGUUCAGACCGCCAUGGAGUUCGCCGAUCCCGAAACCAAGAUGCGUCUCGUCGAUGCCAUCCGUCCUAUCUUGCCAGCUAUUAAAUCUACCCCCCAUGGCCGUCGCAUUGCUGGUAAGAUCUUGGGCAAUGAGAUUCCUGGCCGUGGCAAUCCUGCUACCAACGACAACAUCCUUGCCAGCUUCAGCGGCAGUCGCGCAAACAGUCGCCGCAAUGUUCAGAUCGUUGGUGGAGGCUUCAAUGGUCUUCGUACUCCGAAUGGAUAUGGAUCCCAGGAUUUCUCCAAUGACAGCAUGAGUCCUCCUAGCAACGGCUUCGGCAUGAUGGCUCGUGGCCUCAACGAUGCACCACCACACAUGUACAAUGCAAACAACUACGGAAACGAACUCGGUCAGAACGGCUAUGCUGGAUUCGUCAAUGGCAGCAAUGUCAUCUGA